AUGUCUGCAACACUCUUCCGCACGAGCACAGCAGCUCGCUCUGCUCUCCGAGCUGGAGCUUCUGAAAAAGCUGCAGCUAUGGCAAGCACCAGCUUCGUCCGUGGCAAAGCUACUCUCCCAGAUCUUCCAUACGACUACGGUGCGUUGGAACCAUCCAUCUCCGGCAAGAUCAUGGAGCUCCACCACAAGAACCACCAUCAAACCUACGUCAACAGCUUCAACGCCGCAAGCGAACAACUCCAAGCCGCCGAGCACAAGCAAGAUAUCGCUGCACAGAUCGCUCUGCAGCCAUUGAUCAACUUCCACGGAGGUGGACAUAUCAACCAUACUCUGUUCUGGGAGAAUCUCGCUCCAAGCAAGAAUGGAGGUGGUGGUGAGCCAGCUGGAGCUUUGAAGACUGCAAUUGAAUCCAGCUACGGCGAUUUCUCCUCCUUCAAGACCAAGUUCAAUACCGCUCUCGCAGGUAUCCAAGGUAGCGGAUGGGCAUGGCUCGUCAAGGACAACGAGACUGGACAGGUUCAGAUCCGCACAUAUGCCAACCAGGACCCUGUUGUUGGAAAGUACACACCGUUGUUGGGUGUUGAUGCUUGGGAGCACGCAUACUACCUGCAGUACCAGAACAGAAAGGCUGAGUACUUUAGUGCUAUUUGGGAUGUGAUUAACUGGAAGGCGGUUCAGGGACGCUUGUAG